CAAAAAUAGAAACAGCAAGAGAAACAAGAAAUCAAAAUAUCCAAUCUAAGCUCAAGAGUAAAAAUAAAAAAAUAAAAUAAAGCACAAGAAUGGAUGCUAUUCAACAAGUAGGAUUUCCAGUUCUAGGAAUUAUAGCAGCAGCAGCUGUUACAUUUUAUGUAGUCAGCUUUUCAGAGAUUAGAGAGAAAUCUUUUAGAGAUUUUGAAGAUGCUGAAGAAUCUGAAAGUGGAGGAUUCAAAUAUGUUAGCUCUAGAGAAAGGAGAGCUAGAAGAAAAGCUGAUAAACAAAAACCCAAUAAAUCUUGAUUCUAUGUACUCCAUUCAUAUAUUAUCUAAUUUCUAGCUAUUGCAUUGCCUCCCAUACACUUAAAUUUUUAUGUUCCUUUAACCAAUUUGUAAGGUUUGUAUGAAUAUCUUGUUUGGUUUGGUAUUUGUUUUAGUCACUGGAAUUACCCUGCUGGAUGUGAAUUUUGGCUAAUUAAUCUC